AGACGGUCCCAAGUCAACCCAUUCAGUCGGCUAAAAUCAUGGCGUCCGGCAGCACGGGGAGCAGGGUAUCCUGCGGGAGAGAUUUGAACUGUGUGCCAGAGGUAGCCGACACUUUAGCUGCGGUCGCCAAACUUGGGUUUGACUUCCUGUGCAUGCCGCUGUUCCACUCGAGGUUCAGGAGAGAGUUUGAGUUGGAGCCCGCUAAGUCCCGAUCCGGAGCGCACACUCGGUCAGACCUGCUGCUGUGUGGAAGAGAUUGGAAUACUCUUAUUGUUGGGAAACUCUCUCAAUGGAUCGACGCAGAUUCAGAGUUCGAGACAGAGCGCCGAAACUCAGAGGCUGCUCUGGUCCAGGAGUUGAACUUCUCAGCAUACCUGGGUUUGCCGGUUUUCAUGAUCCCUCUGAAAGGCCCAAACUGUGCCAAUUUAGCCCGUCUGCUGCUUAACCACAUCCACACUGGACACCACACCUCAAAUUUCUGGUUACGUGUCCCGCUGAUGGCGUCAGAGGACAUGCGGGAAGAUCUGAUUGAGAAUGAGCCGACCACUUCGGACGAAGACACAAGUGUUGAUGAGAAGACCUGGAGCUGGUGGCACUCAUUUAGAACCCUCUGUGAUUACAACAAGAGGAUCUGUCUCGCCAUUGAGGUUGGAGCAGACAUGCCUUCAGAAGCGGUGAUUGAUAAGUGGCUCGGGGAGCCUAUCAAAGCAGCCAUACUUCCCACCAGUAUCUUCUUAACUAAUAAGAAGGGGUUUCCUGUUCUGUCCAAAGCCCAUCAGCAAAUAAUCUUCAGUCUUUUCAAGUUGGAAGCCCAGUUCGUCUUCACAGGCACCAGUCGCCACACUGAGAAGGACUUCCGGUCCUACCUGCAGUACCUGGAAUACCUCAACCAGAACCGGCCCGCACCCAAUUCCUACGAGCUUUUUGCCAAGGGCUACGAGGACUACUUGCAGUCCCCCCUGCAGCCACUCAUGGACAACCUGGAGUCUCAGACAUACGAAGUGUUUGAGAAGGAUCCUAUUAAAUAUUCCCAGUACCAACAGGCUAUAUAUAAAUGUCUACUAGACAGAGUUCCGGAGGAGCAGAAAGACACAAACGUCCAGGUGUUGAUGGUGCUGGGGGCCGGUAGGGGUCCUCUGGUCAACGCCUCCCUGCGUGCUGCCAGACAGGCCGACAGGAAGUUGAAGGUGUACGCCGUGGAGAAAAAUCCCAACGCUGUGAUCACGCUGGAGAACUGGCGCUUUGAGGAGUGGGGGGAUCAGGUGACUGUGGUGUCGUGUGACAUGCGGGACUGGGCGGCGCCCGAGAAGGCCGACAUAAUCGUCAGCGAACUGCUGGGAUCUUUCGGGGACAACGAACUUUCCCCCGAGUGCUUGGAUGGAGCGCAGCACUUCCUCAAAGAUGACGGCGUGAGCAUCCCCUGUUCCUACACGUCCUUCCUUGCUCCCCUGUCCUCCUCCAAGCUCUACAACGAAGUGCGGGGGUGCCGGGAACGUGACAAGGACCCGGAGUGCCACUUCGAGACGCCCUACGUGGUGCGCCUCCAUAACUUCCACCAGUUGGCCGAUCCCAAAGCGUGCUUCACCUUCAAACACCCCACAACAGAUAUGAACAAUAACCGGUAUCAGUGCCUCACCUUCUCAGUGGGAUGUAACUGCGUGCUGCACGGCUUCGCUGGCUACUUUGAGACCACGUUGUACAAAGACGUCACACUCAGUAUAAAACCAGAAACUCAUUCACCUGGAAUGUUCUCUUGGUUUCCCAUCCUCUUCCCCCUCAAACAACCCAUCUCCAUAUCCCACGAUGAGGAUGUCACAGUGCGCUUCUGGCGCUGCAACAACGGGAAGAAGGUGUGGUAUGAAUGGGCCGUGACCGAGCCCUCCUGCUCCGCCAUCCACAAUCCUGCUGGACGGUCCUACACCAUUGGCUUGUAAUCACGACACACACGUUCCUGUAAAAAUUGAUGGCCGUGUAAGUUGAGGUUCCCACCUCUUUUCUUUGUUUUGUUUUUUUAAGUUGAAUAUCUGGUGUUGUGUAACAAAAGUGCAGUGCUGCGUUUUAAAGUUACCAUUGUUGGGCACUUUUGAGUCGGCAAAUAAAAACAGUUGUUGGAUAAACCAGAUUUUUUCCGUGUGUUUUUGAGAAAUGUGUUCAUCAGGCACAGACAUCACCUGUACACAAAGUGUAUUAACUGCUGUGAGAUCUGGUCAAACACCAACUCACCUGUUUGUUAGUCUUUCUUUGUCCCCUGGCCUAUUCUGACCUUAGCCGACAUGCACACCUAAUCCAACAGAACCUUUUGCCUUAUCAAACACGCAUUCCAUAUCGAUACUUGGACUGUACUAAUGAAAUGCCAAUCGCCAUGACACAGGGUCCGAGGAAAGUCCUGCCAUUCAGGUCACAGGGCGUUCUGUUUGGGGCCGUCUCUUAGUACCGUUUUGUUUGUCUUUGAACCAUGUCAAUAAAAAGUCCGUAACGUUC